AUGGCAGGCUCAGCUCACGGCGACAUCCCUCUCACGACAAUCUCGUUUUCUCAACGCCCAAACGGCACUGUCGCAACGGUGACCGUCUCGAACCCGAGGAAGCUAAACAGCUUAAACACAACUGUCCUCGAUGCCUUUCUCUCUUGUGUCCCUCCACUCGCUCAAAGAUCGGAUCUGCGUUGCGUAAUUGUGACCGGAGGACUUUGUUCGGUUGGUCAGCAGGCAUUUAUUGGAGGCGCCGACAUCUCGGAGAUGAAGGACUUUUCCAACGCCGAAGCUGGCCGGACGUUUAUUAACAAGCUCCAUUUGGCUUGCAAAGCGCUGCGGAACCUGCCCGUCCCGGUUAUUGCUCGUGUCAAUGGGCAUGCUCUUGGGGGAGGCCUGGUCGUGAUGGCCUCGGCGGACUUGCGCAUCGCUACGUCGGACGCUCGUUUUGGGAUGCCUGAAGUGCAACGAGGUGUGCCCAGCACAAUUGAAGCGGCGAUGCUACCUGCGCAGAUUGGCGCCGCGAGGGCUCGGAGGCUUCUGCUCCUGGGCGACACGAUCUCAGCCCAGGAGGCGGAAUCUUGGGGCCUGGUCGACAAGGUCGUCCAAGCUGAUCAGCUGGACGAAGCCGUGGAAGAAUGGGUAGACAGGCUGCUAAAGAACGGACCCCGUGCCCUGCGCAUCCAGAAAAAGCUUUUUGCGAUGUGGGAACAGGUUCCACUGCGAGAAGCAAUCGAGGCAGGAGUAUGGGAAUUCGGUACACCUUUCGAGGCGGAAGGUUUCGAGGCAGAGGGCAGGAGGAUGAUGAAUGAAUUUCAGAUGCAGAACAGACAGAGGAAAAGUAGGCUCUGA